GGUGCGAGACAGUUCACCAGAGCUGCACAUCCCAUACUAACCCAUCACAACAAAUAAUAAACACCGGCGAUAAUCACUCAUCUAAUUUUCUCCCAUAAAAAAAAAAACAACUAUUCGAAGUGAACGCCAAUCCCUCUAUCUCAUUUGCAAUAAAUAAUUUUGUUGAUUGCAUUGAUGGAGCGAACGAACGACCGGAUGAUACAGCUGAUAACGGACACAUGACGAUUGAAAGACAUGCCGGGAAAACAGUGAAUUAUCUGUUGGAGUCUGGAUGAAUUAUUGUUCGAUUUAUUUAUUUGGAGAAUCGGCGGAAAAUCGGUGGAGGUGGUGGAUCGAUUGACGAAAUUGACGAGAAGAAAUCGAGUGAAUCUCAAGUUGGAGAAAAUGAUUGUGGUAUUACCCGGGAAAGUCGGCUGUUAGUAAUUGCGGGGACAAUGUCCAUUUUCUCCCUCCAUGCGGUAAUGAUAAAAGUUGGGUGGUGAUUGGAAUAGUUAUCUUUAGUCGAUGCUAAUUCAUUGUCGACUCACUGGAACUUGUGACUCGAUGUAUUGGCGAGAUAUGAGUUUAGACGGAAAUUUGUACCUGUAAUUUGCAAUUUUCACGGGAUGUCGGUGAAAAAUUGAGGGGAAAUCGGUUGCUUCAUACAGCUAUCAACGGGUAUAAAAUUGAUUGGGAUAUGAUCGUUAUUGGAAAUUGAUGCUGACCAACGGGAUUGGUUUAAUGUAUUCGGUGUAAAUAAACUGACAAACGGGGAGAGUUAAGUGGAGGUGAAGUAAAAACUUGGCGACAUCAUCGGUAAUUAUCUUCGGGACAUUUUCCGUGGCGUUUUUUUUUAGUUAUUGAAAUUGUGAAAUACGUGAGAAAGGAUGGAGAUUGUGUGUUGCGGCAUCGGGAGGAAUUGAUAUUAGUUUGGAGUGGAUAGAGGAAACCAAGGACUGUCUGGAAUGCCGUGGAUAAGGUGUCUAGGAGGCGGGGGUGGCAAGGUACGCCGUGGAAAAUCGCCAAGUGUCAGUCAACCCGUUCAUCUUCUGGUUAAGACUGAUUUCGAGCCGCAAUGUCAUAUAUUUCGAACGAAGCCACUCCGAAAGCCGCGACCAUGUCACCUAUGUCACCAGCCGAUGAUAAAGCAGGCAUCCUGCUGUCGAGUCUGCAAAUACCUCUGCCACAAGACCUGCGAGGACAAGGGCGCAAGAUUUCGAGAUACAGCUCAGCAAAUUCAUAAACAGUGGCAGGCUGAUCCAGCGAGGGCUUUCCCAUCAGUUGGCAACGCCAUAAGUUCACCAGUUAGUUUGAGUGGAGAUAACUCUUCUCCGAACACAACACCGAGUCCGAGCCCCAGCAUCACCAGCAGUGCACAAAUCACA